CCAGUUCCCCCAGUGCUCCCAGUGCCCCCAGUUCCCAGCCUGCGCUCCCCUGGGUGCCGCGGUUGCCCGGCUGCGCCCGCGUUGCCAGCUGCGCGUGCCGGGAGCCCAGGGACCGCGGGCAUCGCAUCGGGUGUCGCAUCCGGAUCAGGUUUGGGGAUCGGGUGUCGGAUCCAGGUGCUGAGCGUCGGGAUCGGGUUUGGGGAUCAGGUUUGGGGAUCGGGUCCCAGGAUCGGGUUUGGGGAUCAGAUUCCAGGUGCAGGAUCGGGUGCUGGGAUCAGGUUCUGGGUUGGGUCCCAGGAUCGGGUGCAGGACUGGAAUCUGGGAUCAGGUGCCGGGGUCAGGUGUGGGUGCUGGGAUUGGGAUCACAUGCUGGGAUUGGGUGUCAGGAUCCGGUUCGGAGAGCAGGUGCUGGGAACAGGGAUCAGGAUCGGGUGCUGGGCUUGGGGGCUGGGACUGGGCACCGGGAUCAAGUUUGGGGACUGGGAGCUGGGAUCGGGUGCAGGAUUGGGCACGGGAUGCUCAGUUCAGGAUCAGGAUUGGGUCCCAGGAUCAGGUACUGGAUUCAAGUUCUGGGAACAGGUUCCGGGUUGGGUGCUGGGAUCAGGUGCUGGGAUCGGGAGCCAGGAUCCGGGUUGGGUGCUGGGAUCGGGUGCUGGGAUCUGGAGCCAGGAUCUGGGUUGGGUGCUGGGAUCGGGUGCUGGGAUCAGGAGUCAGGAUCCGGGUUGGGUGCUGGGAUCGGGUGCUGGGAUCGGGAGCCAGGAUCCGGGUUGGGUGCUGGGAUCGGGUGCUGGGAUCUGGAGCCAGGAUCUGGGUUGGGUGCUGGGAUCGGGUGCUGGGAUCAGGAGUCAGGAUCCGGGUUGGGUGCUGGGAUCGGGCGCUGGGAUCGGGAGCCAGGAUCCGGGUUGGGUGCUCGGUUCAGGAUCAGGAUUGGGUCCCAGGAUCAGGUACUGGAUUCAGGUUCUGGGAUCAGGUUCUGGCAGCCGGUGCAGGAUCAGGUGCCGGGAUCAGGUUCCGGAUUGCGUACCGGGACUGGGAGCCGGGAUCAGUUGUGGGUGCUGGGUUCAGGAUCAGGACCGGGUCCCGGGAUCCGGUUCAGGGAGCGGGUGCUGGGCUCCGGUGUUGGGUCACAUCCGGUGCUGGGAUCAGGAUCAGGAGCUGGGACCGGGCACCGGGAUCGAGUUUGGGGAUUGGGAGCUGGGAUCCGGUGCAGGAUUUGGGUGCUGGGAUCAGGUUUGGAUCCCGGGAUCUGGUUCAGGGACUGGAUUUGGGGAUUGGGUGCUGGGAUCAGAUUUGGGAUCAGGUUGGGAAUUGGGUGUCAGAUCCAGGGACUGGGAUUGGGGUUGGAGACCAGGACCAGGGCUGGGGAGCGGGCGCCGGGAGCGGGCGCCGGGAUCAGUGCCGGGUGCCAGGGCUGGGAUCGGGAGCCAGGAUGGGAUUUGGGGAUCGGGUCCCAGGAUCAGGUGAUGGAAUUGGGUCCCCCAGGAUCUGGCUCGGGGACUGGGUGCCAGGUUUGGGCACCGGGACUGGGAACCAGAAUCGGGAUCAGGAUCCGGCGCUGGGAUUGGGCACCAGGAUUGGGAUCAGGAUCCAGCGCUGGGAUUGGGCACCAGGAUCAGGAACGACAAUUGGGAUCAGGAUCCGGCGCUGGGAUUGGGCACCAGGAUCAGGAACCAGAAUCGGGAUCAGGAUCCGGCGCUGGGAUUGGGCACCAGGAUUGGGAACCAGAAUCGGGAUCAGGAUCCAGCGCUGGGAUUGGGCACCAGGAUUGGGAACCAGAAUCGGGAUCAGGAUCGGCGCUGGGAUUGGGCACCAGGAUCGGGAUCAGGAUCCAGCGCUGGGAUUGGGCACCAGAAUCGGGAUCAGGAUCCAGCGCUGGGAUUGGGCACCAGGAUCAGGAACCACAAUCGGGAUCAGGAUCCAGUGUUGGGAUUGGGCACCAGGAUUGGGAACCAGAAUCGGGAUCAGGAUCAGGUUUGGGGUUGAGAUCGGGUGCUGGGAUCGGGUCCUGGGAUUCAGUGCCGGGACAGGGAGCUGGGAUUGAGUGUGAGGAUCGGGAUCCAGAACCAGGAUCGGGAUCGGGUGCGGGGAUCGGGUGCUGA